UCUCCAAAAAUCUCUCCUUUUUCUUUCAAAGCUAAUUUUCCCACUCUCCUUCAAAAUUUUCCACCCUUUACUCUUAUUCCUUAACUUAUUACUCUCUUGAUUUUAUUCUGAUUCUUGAAUCAUUUCUUGUUUUUCUUCUGAUUCUUGAACUAAAAAACAAACAUUUUCUUGUUCUUGCUCUGUUUUUUCUAAAUCAUUUGAAGUAAAAAUCAUGGGGUUUUCAAAGAAGACGCAAGCGGAUUCCGGGUUAGAUUCGGAAGCGAAAAAAUGGGUAAUUGCUGGAAUCGCAAUUAGAACAUCAUUGAAGCCGAUAAACACGAAAACGAGAGCGAAAAAUGAAGAAGAAGAGAGUGAGGAAGAGCAUACACCAACAGCAAAAGAAUCAAGAAUGCCAGAAAGACCAUCUUGCCCUCCAGCUCCAAGAAAGAGAAGGCCAGCUUCAAGGUGUAACUAUAACAAUAGUGUUAGAGAGUUUUUUACUCCUCCUGAUUUGGAAUCAGUUUUCAAAUGCUAUGUUGAGAAAGCAAAUUAAGAGUUUGACUCAGUGACUCAGUGUACAACUGCUACUACUAGUUAGUUUGUUUGGCUUUAAGAAUGAUAUGAUGUAGUUUAGUUUAGUUUAAAUACUUAGUGAUUUUGUAGUGUUUUUUUUUAUUAUUUGUAUCUCUAUCUUUUGUGUUUUUGUAGUGUUUUAGGAGCUGAACUUGUACAAAAGAUGAUUAUUAUAUUUAUGAAAUUUCUAAUUUAGUUUGUUUUA